GGCAUUUGUUGUAACCAGCUAGGUCUGAAAAUGAAGGUGGUGUCGACAAUGGCAAGUGAGAAAAUUGUAGAAGAAAUGGGAUUAUCUGAAAGUAGUGAUGAACAGAGUGUUGGUUGAAGUAUGGAGAAGCAUGCGGAAAAUGGGAGACAGUGGGGAGAUGAGUCUCUCUUGGAUUCUGAUGUUAGGGAUGCGAAAGACUCGAGUGAUGUAGUUGCUUCAGUUCGUGAGGAGGUUAAAAAUUUUGAAUUCGGAGAAGCAGCUCCUGUGCUGAACAAUCAACAACAAGCUGAUGGUCAGGGGGAAAGAACUAUCAUAAGAAACAACAAGAAAGUUCCUUGGACUGAACUGUUUGCGAACAAUAGAAGUCCAGCAAACUGUGGUAAGCUUCCGGCCUUCUCCCCUAAUGGUGAUGGUGCUAGGAUACCAAUUUCUGAAAUCAAUGAUUCGGUGGGGAUUUCAAGCAAACAGCUGGUGGGUUAUUUUGUUGGAAAGUUUCCUAGAAGGGCAGCCUUUAAUGCUCUGAUGAAAUCUUGGAGAGUUCCAGUAGAAAUCAAUCAGCAUGAUAAAGGGUGGAUCAUUUUCAGAUUUCAGAGUGAGGAAGACCUUUGCUCUGCUCAGAAGAAUGGGCCUUAUUCAAUAUAUGGAAGGACCCUGAUUAUUAAGAGGAUGCCGAAGUAUUUCCAAUAUGGUCACGAACACAGAGCCAUUUUUCCAGUUUGGAUUAAGCUAAGUGAUCUUCCUCAGGAGCUGCGGACACCAAUAGCUAUUGGGAGGAUAUGCUCUGAAAUUGGAAGGCCAUUAUUAAUGGACAAGCUUACGACGAAUAUGGACAUGAUCUCUUAUGCCAGAGCCUUGGUGGAGGUGGAUGUUGCCAAGGAAAUCAAACAUUAAAUUAAGGUAUGGCUUUCGGAUGAUGUCUCUAUUAUGCAGGAGGUUGUGUAUAAAGCUCUACCCAGAUACUGUAAUAAGUGUAAGACAAUUGGACAUUCGGAGAGUUCUUGUAAUCCUAGGGAGGUGUAUAAGAAGCCCCAAAGUACCCAGUACAGAGUUAAAAAACAAUUGCCUGUGGGAGAAUCUGGGAAGGAAGAUGGGGAAAUUAGAGCAGUAGAAGAAGGGGAUAUUAAUGAUGAUAUGAUCAAUAAGCAGGUGGAUCUGUCUCAUGUUAAGAGUGAUAAGGCAGAGAUGGCUGGUAACGAUGUUGAAGAUGCUGUUGAGUCUGAUCCUUCUGUUGUUCAGGAGGGUAUGUUGGCUGGGGUGGUGUCUGUGUGUGGGGGUAAGGAUGGUGAGGAAGAAACUAUGAUUGAGAAUGGGCAAUCUGGUGAAGAAGAGGUUGCAGGUGAGAGUGCCUCCAUAGUUCAGGAUGAUGAGGGUGCUGGUGGUGCUCAGCAACAACAGGUGAAUGAGAAUGGUAGUAUUGUGGCCAGUGGGAGUAAUAUUCAGACAAAUCCAGUACAACAGGGGAGUAUGGGGAAGGAGAAGGUUAAUGAAUUCGAACCUUUAAAAAAGAAAAAGAAGGGUAGAGUGACUCACUUUAAUCCACUGACUAUUGGAAAGGGGUUAAGGCCCCCUUCUAAACUAAAAUAAAGAUCGCAUGUUGGAACAUCAGGGGUUUCAAUAAAUCCCUAAAGCAAAAUGGGGUUGCUAACCUCAUAAAAAAUAACAGAAUAAAUGUAAUGGGAAUCCUGGAGACCAAAAUGAAUGAUAAGAAUGCAGAAGAGUUUGUGAAAAAGAAGAUGCUUAGUUGGAAAUAUUUCAACAAUUUUGAAAAACAUAGGGCUGGGAGGAUUUUGAUAAUUUGGAAUCCUGGUAAAGCUCAAGUUCAGGCUGAAGAGAAGAGAAAUGGGAACCUUGUAUCUGCCUAUGAGAUGAGGGACAUGAAUGAAUGUUUUGCAAUGAAUGGACUCGUUGAUGCUAGGUCCUCUGGAUGUUACUUGACAUGGACAAACAACAGGGUUUGGUGCAAACUUGAUAGAGCUGUAAUUAACAAUGAAUGGUUGCAGAAGGAAUGGAGUACACAUGUUGUAUUUUAGCUCCUUGGUCUUAUCUUAGAUCAUGCAUCAUGCAUUGUAACCUUAUUUGAUGAGGUUAGUGUGGUGAAAAGACCAUUUAAAAUUUUUAAUAUGUGGAUGAAGUAUGAGAGUUUUCUGGAGAUUGUUGAAAAGGGCUGGAAUAACAAAGUUAAUGGGUGCAAGCUGUUCAGAUUAACUAGGAAGCUUCUAAUGCUGAAGGGAUGACUUAGGGACUUGAACUCCAUGCAUUUUUCCCAUAUAUCAAAAAGGGCAUAGAAUGCUUCAAAGAAUUGAAGGAAGCCCAGCAGUGUCUUCAUGACAGGCUUGAUGAUAUUGCUGCAAAAUUGACGGAGGCGAACAGGUGUUUCCUUGCACAGUAGGCCAAGUGCCACUACCUGAAGAAUAGUGAUAGAAGUACAAAAUUUUUCCAUUCUCUGUUGAAGAGACACAUAGCCAGGAGCCAAAUCACUUAUCUUGUGAAGGAUAAUGGUUAUUAAUAGAGGCCCUAUGUUGGAUGGGGUUCAAGCAACUAAGAUGGUUGAAGAUGUCUCUGACAAGGAAAUCAAGGAUGCCCUAUUCAGUAUAGGGCAGGACAAAUCCCCUGGCCCGAAUGGUUAUACUUCUGGGUUCUUUAAGGAGGCUUGGAAUAUAACAAGGAAGGAGUUCACACUUGCACUCAAGGAAUUCUUUGUACAUGGUAAACUACUCAGACAGAUUAAUAGAACUGCCAUUGCAUUAAUUCCUAAGUCCCUCAGUUCAAGAUUUUAGGCCUAUCUCAUGUUACAAUGUUGUGUAUAAGGUGAUAGCUAAAAUCCUAGCUAGCAGAAUUAAACCCUCUCUUGGGAAGCUGGUUAGCGAACCUCAGUCUGCCUUUAUCAGUCAGAGGUAUAUGAUUGAAAACAUCUUCUUGGUUCAGGAAUUGGUAAGGAAGUAUGCUAGGAAGAGAAUAUCCCCCAUGUAUAUGAUCAAGAUUGACUUUAAAAAAGCGUAUGACUCAGUGUCAUGGGAUUUUCUAAGAAGCAUGUUGGAACAUUUGAAAUUCCCUACGGCUAUGGUGGGUUGGAUUAUGCAGUGUGUGAGUACCACAUCAUUUUCCCUAUCUAUUAAUGGUGGGUUAUAUGGGCUGUUUGAAGGCAGGAAAGGACUCAGGCAAGGAGACCCUUUGUCUCCCCUUUUGUUUGUGAUUUGCAUGGAGCACUUAUCAAGAUGAAUGAAGUCUCUAGAAAAUAACCCAAAUUACAGAUUCCACCCUAAAUGUGAUGAACUCAGAAUUUCUCACUUGGCAUUUGCAGAUGAUUUGAUUUUGUUCUCUAGGGGUGAUGUGCUAUCUGUUAAGAAGAUUAUGGAAUGCUUGAAUCUAUUCUCUAAUUGCUCAAGUCUGAAGGCUAGUGUUCUGAAGUCUAGCUUGUACUGUGUAGGAGUGGUAAACAAUGAGCACGAGGAGAUGAUGAGGCUGAUUGGUUUUCCUUGUGGGGUAUUCCCCUUCAGAUAUCUGGGUAUCCCUCUUGCAUCUACAAGGCUAAAUUUUGCUCAUUUCUCCCCCCUGCUUAGUAAGAUUGGCAAUAAGAUUAAUUCUUGGCCUGGGCACAUCAUCUCAUAUGCUGGAAAACUGGAGCUGCUGAAUUCAGUGGUGCAGAGGGUGGAGUGUUUUUGGCUUUCUAUUUUUCCCAUUCCCUGUGCAGUGCUUAACCAAGUGGUUAAGCUUUGUGGGGAUUUCCUUUGGGGAGGUAGGAAGAUACCUCUUGUUGCAUGUAAAGAGGUUUGUUUGCCAAAGAAGGAAGGGGGUUUGGGGGUAAUGGACCUUAAAAGCUGGAAUUAUGCCCUCCUUACUAGAACCUUAUGGAACCUGCAGGAAAAGAAGGAUUCUUUGUGGUCGAAGUGGGUGAAUCAUGUUUACUUUAGAGGUAAUUGCCUAUGGGAAGCAACAGUAAAACAUGAGGACUCGCCACUUAUUAAGAAGCUGAUAGAAGUCAAGGAUAAACUGCUGUACCAGGUAGGGGAUAGGAGGCUGGUUGAAGAGCAGAUAAAAAGUUGGGUUGUUGAUGGGAUAUUUCUUUGCUCUAAGGCAUAAAACUUUUGGAGAAUGAAGGGUAGGGUUGUGCCUUGGCAGAGGGUAAUUUGGAAGAAUAUCAAUGACCCGAAACACUCUUUCAUCUUAUGGUUGGCUGCGAAAGGGAAGCUACAGAAUAGUGAUAAAUUCAUUGGAGAUGGCAUUGACAAUUCCUGUGGUCUGUAUGGGGCAGAGGUUGAAUGUCUAAACAAUAUGUUCUUUAAUUGUAGGAUAUCUGAAAAGGAAGGUGUACUCCCAAGAGGGGGGUGAAUUGGGAUUAAAAAUUUUUCUUUAGAAACUUCUUUAGUUAAUUCUUUCUCAACCCUUUUUAGUUUCAGCAAACGCACAUGUAAGAUUUGAAUUUAUAUCACAAGUCCAGCUGAGAAUUAAUUUAGUUAUAAUUCUUUAUGAAUGAGAAUAUCAAAUUAAAUA